AACUCUUCCCUCUCUGACGCGCUCCCGGGGGGUGACGUCACCUCCCAUAGGCACCGACGGACGACACGCGCAUCCCUGUCUACGUGGCGGGGCGGAAGGAGCGCGUCUAGCGGAGAGAGUUGUCAGCAGCGAGACUAACCGAUGAACAUGUCUGACUCCAACCCUCCCAUAUUCCCCCCCGCUCCUCUCUCUGACCCCUCCCACACCGACGCCAACCCCCCAGGAGAAGACACACACACAGCUCUCCCGCCUCCCACACCCAUCCCCCAGCCCUCGUUGGCCACGGAGGGUUCCGAGGGCUCUGAGCCAGCCAACCAGGUGGCAGGAGAGGACGUGACCAGGGACGACAGAGAUGAGGCUCCUAUUGACCAAUCAGGGGGCGGCGGCGGCGUGGAGGAUCAGGUGACUGAGUGUGGCCAAUUGGUGAGCCUGGAGGCGGAGACCGCUGCUGCCGAGGGGGAGGAAGAGGACUCUCUUCAGGUCAAGGGGAAAGGUUGGGGUGGAUGGGGCUCCUGGGGGAAGUCUCUACUGACCAGUGCCACGUCUACUGUGGGUAACAGUCUAACUUCAGUAAAGGAGAAGGCCGGAGCUCUGCGUCUUCACAGGACCUCAGUAGGAGAGGAGGCGCGAGAGGAGGGGGAGGAGGAGAGGAAGGAGGGAGGAGAGGAAGAGGAGGAUAGCUGUCCUCAGUCAGCCCUGGUCACUACUCCACCACCAAGCAGAGGAGUACUGUCUACCAUCACACACGCUGGUAAAUCAGUGAUCAGUGGAGGUCUCGAUGCCUUAGAGUUCAUCGGUAAGAGAACCAUGACGGUCCUGGCAGAGACUGACCCUGGUUUCAGGAAGACCAAGAUACUAAUGCAGAGGACUGUCUCACUCAGCCAGAUGCUGAAGGAUGCCAAAGAGAAGGAGAGGGCUCGUCUCAGCUGCCAGCCAAUCAGUGAGCCCACAGCUCACUACGGAAUCCUGUUUGAUGACUACCAGGGCCUAUCACACCUAGAGGCUCUGGAGAUACUGGCCAAUGAGAGUGAGGCUAAGGUUCAGUCGUUCCUCUCCUCCCUGGAAGAGGAGGAUCAGGAGGAGAUAAAGAAAGAACUGAUCGCCAUCAAGGACAUCUUCGUCAGCCACACGGGAGAGGAGGAGGAGGGAGAGGGCGAGGAGAAGAAGGAGGGAGAGGAGACAGUGGAUAAGGGUGAUCUAAGUCCCCAGUGUUCUACUCCUCUGUCAGCUGAUGGGGAGGAGUUUGUGAGCGUCCUGACUGAGUUGCUGUUUGAGCUUCACGUCGCUGCCACCCCAGACAAACUGAACAAGGCCAGGAUGAGAGCGCAUGAUUGGGUGAGAGAGGUGGAGAAACCUGUCGUCGUCACGGAAACCAUCGGGGGGGCGACGGAGGAGGAGCAAAGAGGAGAACCUGAAACAAGAGAGGGAGAAGAAGAGAAGAAAGAGGGGGAGGAGCUGGAGGAGAAGAAAGAGGAGGAGGAGCUAAAGGAGAAGAAAGAGGAGGAGAAAGAGGAGGAGGAGCUAAAGGAGAAGAAAGAGGAGGAGAAAGAGGAGGAGGAGCUAAAGGAGAAGAAAGAGGAGGAGAAAGAGGAGGAGGAGCUAAAGGAGGAGGAGGUAAAGGAGAAGAAAGAGGGGGAGGAGAUAAAGGAGAAUGAGGAAGAGAGACGAUCCAGGUCUGUAGAGGCAGUGUACCUCUGUUCAGUGGGCUCCCUGGCGGAGGUGACAGCCCGCAGUAUCGAACAGCUCCACAAGGUGGCAGAGUUGAUCCUCCACGGACAGGACCUGGAGAAACCUGCCAGAGACCAGGCUCACAUACUCACCAGGUUGACGUGUGCCAUGUGUCGGGAGGUGGGUUGUCUUGCCAGGAAGUUCUCUGAUACUCUGCUCACCGUUGGGGUUCAGAGAAAAGCAGAAGAGUUGAACCCUUUGGUAGACAGUGUGCUGCUUGAGGGUUCUAACAGCACCACAUACAUCCAGAACGCCUUCCAGCUCCUCCUCCCGGUUCUCCAGAUGUCACACAUCCAGACCCACAGCUCUAGAACCCGCACGGAACCACAGCCCUAACCCCGUCGUAGCCACAGUAAACACACCUCAUACUGCUGAAGUGCUGUGAGCAUACUAGCCCGUCCUAAUGAUGUAACUAUGUACAGGAAGAUAAUGUGAUAUAUAUAUAUAUAUUAAUAACAGCGAUACGGAAGUCAACUCCUAGGUUGCCAUAGUAACAGACUAGACUAGGAUAUCCGUAAACUAUGACGUAAUGCAGUAACUUGGUAUAGUUUCAUGUAGGGUACAACUUCUCAGAUUGAAGAGCUUGUACUCAUGUCUAUUGAGCAUCUCCAAAUUGAUUAUUUUAUUAUAUAUAUAUAUGUAUUACUGUUCAGAGGUAAAUCUAAACAUGAUUCAUGUCAACUGGCUAAUUUAACCCGGUGUAUCAGAUUAUGUCUUAUCGUUUUAUAAAGCGAAACCAAAAAAAAUAGUUUUGUUGUUAGAGUUUGUUUUUAGUGUCACGUAAAACCAGAUCCGUACAGUGUAAUUUGUCCGCUCAGGUGUUCGAACCAGAGACCUUUGGGUUCCUCUGGGCCCAACGCGCUAAUCGCUAGGCUACAUGCCGCAGGUAUUGAUGUUCCCUGCUUAAUGAAGGUGGGUUUCUUUACAUCGCAGAACAACUAACCUUGUUGAAAUGGCAGAACAACUAACCUUGUUGAAAUGGUAGAACAACUAACCUUGUUUACAUGGCAGAACAACUAGCCUUGUUUACAUGGUAGAACAACUAACCUUGUUGAAAUGGUAGAACAACUAACCUUGUUGAAAUGGUAGAACAACUAACCUUGUUGAAAUGGUAGAACAACUAGCCUUGUUGAAAUGGCAGAACAACUAACCUUGUUGAAAUGGUAGAACAACUAACCUUGUUGAAAUGGUAGAACAACUAACCUUGUUGAAAUGGUAGAACAACUAACCUUGUUGAAAUGGUAGAACAACUAACCUUGUUGAAAUGGCAGAACAACUAACCUUGUUGAAAUGGUAGAACAACUAACCUUGUUGAAAUGGUAGAACAACUAACCUUGUUGAAAUGGUAGAACAACUAACCUUGUUUACAUGGUAGAACAACUAACCUUGUUGAAAUGGUAGAACAACUAACCUUGUUGAAAUGGUAGAACAACUAACCUUGUUGAAAUGGUAGAACAACUAACCUUGUUGAAAUGGCAGAACAACUAACCUUGUUGAAAUGGUAGAACAACUAACCUUGUUGAAAUGGUAGAACAACUAACCUUGUUGAAAUGGUAGAACAACUAACCUUGUUGAAAUGGUAGAACAACUAACCUUGUUGAAAUGGUAGAACAACUAACCUUGUUGAAAUGGUAGAACAACUAACCUUGUUGAAAUGGUAGAACAACUAACCUUGUUUACAUGGUAGAACAACUAACCUUGUUGAAAUGGUAGAACAACUAACCUUGUUGAAAUGGUAGAACAACUAACCUUGUUGAAAUGGUAGAACAACUAACCUUGUUGAAAUGGCAGAACAACUAACCUUGUUGAAAUGGUAGAACAACUAACCUUGUUGAAAUGGUAGAACAACUAACCUUGUUGAAAUGGUAGAACAACUAACCUUGUUGAAAUGGUAGAACAACUAACCUUGUUGAAAUGGUAGAACAACUAGCCUUGUUGAAAUGGUAGAACAACUAACCUUGUUGAAAUGGUAGAACAACUAACCUUGUUGAAAUGGUAGAACGACUAACCUUGUUGAAAUGGUAGAACAACUAACCUUGUUGAAAUGGCAGAACAACUAACCUUGUUGAAAUGGUAGAACAACUAACCUUGUUGAAAUGGUAGAACAACUAACCUUGUUGAAAUGGUAGAACAACUAGCCUUGUUGAAAUGGUAGAACAACUAACCUUGUUGAAAUGGCAGAACAACUAACCUUGUUGAAAUGGCAGAACAACUAACCUUGUUGAAAUGGUAGAACAACUAACCUUGUUGAAAUGGUAGAACAACUAACCUUGUUGAAAUGGUAGAACAACUAACCUUGUUGAAAUGGUAGAAGAACUAGCCUUGUUGAAAUGGUAGAACAACUAACCUUGUUUACAUGGUAGAACAACUAACCUUGUUUAAAUGGUAGAACAACUAACCUUGUUGAAAUGGUAGAACGACUAACCUUGUUGAAAUGGUAGAACAACUAACCUUGUUGAAAUGGUAGAACAACUAGCCUUGUUGAAAUGGUAGAACAACUAACCUUGUUGAAAUGGUAGAACAACUAGCCUUGUUGAAAUGGUAGAACAACUAACCUUGUUGAAAUGGUAGAACAACUAACCUUGUUGAAAUGGCAGAACAACUAACCUUGUUUACAUGGUAGAACAACUAACCUUGACAUUAACGGACAAAGACAAAAAAAGGACCAGAACUAUAAUGUUCUAUAUUU